AUGAGGUUGUUCCUGAGUGUCCUGCUGGUCAUUCUGGCUCUUUACUGCUAUGAGGCCAAUGCGUUUGCCUGUCCAGCCUUAGUAGAUGAUUUGUCGAGCUUUCUCUUUCAACCUGCAGCCAUCUACAAGAAAACAGUUAGGAAAUUUAACGCAUCUCAAGAAGUCAUUGAGGCCAAGUUGGAAGUGAAGUCCUGCACAGAUAAAAUAUUCCUUGGGAAUAGAAUACUAAUUGCAAACACAUUGCUCCAGAAAGAGUAUCCAGCUGCCAUCUGGAAAACUCCAUACAGGACUCCACAGUUACUUCAGGUGAAUGUGUAA